AUGACAAAUAAUCAAAAUUCUUCAUAUGUUAAAAGUACACUUAGUAAAGCUGUCAAAAAAGUAAUUAAGGCUUUACCAAAUAAUCCAGCUAGACAGAAACAAGAUUUACAGAGUGUACGCCAAAAAAUUAGUUUAUUUCCAAAACCAAUUCAUCAACGUCCAGCAUUAAAAACAUGUGAUAAGAUCAAAGAUGUUGUUGUAACAUUUUAUACACGUGAUGAUAUUUCAUGGCAAGUCCUAGAAAUGCGUGAUUAUGUUGUUGUUAGAGACGAUGGUCAAAAAACACAACAUCAAAAACGUCAUUUAAUGUUCAAUCUUCACGAGGCUUAUGAACUAUUCGUAUCUGAAAAUCCUAGUACGACAAGUUCUCUCUGCUGCUCGUGCAUGAUAUGUUGGCAAUACAUGUGUUGUGAUUAUUUCUAACGCGCAUCCGCGGCAGAUAGAAGCCGUCUUCUCUAUUUCAAUAUCGAUCUUAAGUGACACUGAUUUAUCUCUUUAUUUUGAAACUUUUCACAUUUGCAAAGAAACUUUCGAACAAGAAAGUUUUCUUCUCUCAACCAGUUUUUUUUCUUGUUUUGUUUUGUAUCAUAAACUCUACCCAAAC